AUGGCUCGGAGGGGGGUAUCGUACGUGUCGGCGACGCAGCUGGUUUCCAUGGCCAGCGACGCCCGCGUCGCCAUCGUCGACGUCAGGGACGAGGAGAGGGGCUACGACGGCCACAUCGCGGGGUCCCACCACUACGCCAGCGACACCUUCGCGGAGCGGAUGCCCGAGCUCGCCCAGGCAACCGGUGCCAAGGAAACCCUCGUCUUCCACUGCGCCCUCAGCAAGGUUCGGGGCCCAUCUUGUGCACAGCUGUUCCAUGACUAUCUUUCAGAGGCUAAGGAAGAUUCAGGGGUAAAGAACAUCAUGGUCCUAGAACGUGGGUUUAAUGGAUGGGAGCUUUCAGGGAGGCCCGUUUGCCGCUGCAAGGACACUCCAUGCAAGGGUGUAUGCUCUUGA